GACGUUUCUCGAGAUCCGCAUCAACGCGCCGUACCGGAAGCCGCAUUUCAAGAUGGAGGCGGCGGCGGCGGCUGCUGCUGCUGCUGCUGCUGCUGCUGUGGAUGAAGGCGCGCCGGACCGUGGUCGCGGACCGAUGGCGACACCCGGAGGAGGAGGGCCGAGCAUCCCGGCGGCAACGUUGCCGGCACCGGCCAAGUCGCAGAUGUUCUCCAUCGUUCUGCCCGUCAUAGACGUCGAUAUCGACGAGGGCACCAAGCGGAGCCUGCAGGACGUGCAGAUCGGUGACGAGACCAGGCUGCUGCGGCCGCUCGAAUUGGCCGGGUCCCAGAGGGACGGCGCAGGGAACGACAGGAGAGGCGGGCCGCUGGCACCGGCGCCGGCGCAGAGACGGCACCCGCUCAGCGCGAUGCCAACGAACCUCCAGCACUACCUGUUCCCGCACCUGGCGCACUUUGACGCCAUGGCCAAGCUGCGCGCCAGCUUCACAAAGUCGGAGCUCCACGUGCCCCGGUCGCUGGACCAGUCGUACCACGAGUCGCUGGACGCCGCGGACCUGGCGCUGCGCAACGAGACACAGGUGCUGAUCCGGUACCUCGGCAGGGUUGAGGCCCGCAUCGCGGCGGCCGCGGCGGCUGCUAGACCCGACGCGGACGGAACAACCGCGACGGAGUCGGUGGCGGGCGGUCGACAGGCGGCCCUGACGGAGACGACGACGACACAGCAGCCGCAGCAGCAGCAAGCGGACCCGUUCCACAGGCACGUGCAACGGACGCUGUCGCGGCAGAGCAGCUCGAAGCAGAAGAAGACGGACGGGACCAAGGCGGAGUUGGGCCGGAUGGCGGGGCGGCAGGACCAGGCGAGCAGCGUGCAGGCCAAGAUCUCGCGGGAGAAGAGGCGGAUGGACCGGGAGAGAAGGAAGCAGAUCCUGGUCGUUGCGCAGCUCUGGGUCUGGAAGAUUGACGAGAAUACGGUCAUCAGCGCGUUCCCGGACCGGUGGGACGACAAGAACGCCAAGACGCUGCUGAACGGCAUCAAGCACCGGGUGCUGGGAAUGCGGGACAUCCGGUCGGGCGACGUGGACAUGAUGCGCAUCGUCGAGAGCAUCGUCGAGAGCGCGGCCGGGUACAGCGAGGAGGAGUUCCAUUUCCAGUUCGAGGGGCCGCGGAGCUACUGCAGCGUGUUCGCGGCGUCCAUUGCCAACAUUUCCAAUGAGGCGAUGAAGCGCUACGCCGACUUCAAGGCCACCAUCAGCAAGAUGGGCACGACCAAGACGGUGCUCGACGACCUGCGCGCCGAGAUCGAGCUGCUGCAGGAGAUUGACGACGUGCGAGAGGAGAUCAACAUGAUCAAGCGGGUGCUGCGGUCGCAGGAGCGCGUGCUCGACGAGUUCCGCGAGGCGGAGACGCCGCCGGACGCGCCGGCCAAGGCGUACAAGCACCCGACGCUCGACUUUUUCAAGAGGCUGGAGGAGGACGCGAACCGGGUGCGGGACUCGAUCACCACGUUGCUGGACCUGAGACAGAGAGAGGCCAACAUUGAAGAGGCGCUCUCUGCGAGCGAGCAGUCCAAGAUUCUCUUCAUCUUCACGGGGGCGACUGUCGUCUUUGCGCCAUUGUCCUGGGCUACUGGUAUCUUCCAAAUCGAAGUCGUCGGACUGGCACAGCCAACCACUGGCGGGAUCCUCCUCCUCGCAUGCUUCCUCAGCCUGGUGGCGACCGGGCUGCUCAUCGCGCUCUCGCUGCAGAUCUACGAGUUCGUCACGCAGGGGAAGGCCACGCAGCUAUGGUGGCGGACCACGGACUUCUUCGCCGUCUGGGGACUGGAGAAGCUUUCGACCCGGAGGCGCCACGGCAGGUCUGCGCCGCCGUCGUCGUUCGGCGCGUCGACGCAGCUGAGCCGGCAGGGGCGGUCGAGCCUCUCGCAGCAGCCGGCGGGGAGCACGGCGGCUGCUACUGCUGCUGCCACCGAGAGGAAUGGCGUGCGGAAGAGGCUCGCGGCGCUGACGGGGCACAGGGAGAGGAGCAAGGACGAGGAGAAGGGGUGGGCUAGGAAGCAGCACUGAUGGGAAGAAGGGGGGGCUACCGCUUUGCUAGAGAUGAUGAACUUUGAACUG